AUGUACAGUAGAGAAGAUGGACGCGAUGAUAGGAAGGAAGAGGCAAGAAAGCUGAGUCAACGGAUGCGAGCUUCUGCUGUGCAGAAGCACUGGUCUAGUACAAUGAUGAUUGCUAAAACCUUUUCGAAGGGGAGGCAGCCUUCUACCCUCAGCUUGAUCCCGAUCGAUCCGAGAAGCAUACAGCCGCGCACCGAAGUUAUCGACCAGUCGAGGAGAACGAAACUGGAACAGGAUGUAGUCCCUGUCGUCAAGACUGUUGACGUCAACAAAGUAUUCAAAGAAAUCAACAAACAUGUGUAG